UCAAGCCAUUUUGGCUCAGGCGGUGUUGGAUAAACUGGGAUAAAGCUUGACCCAGCGGUCCCGCGGGCCAUGCCCGGCUUGAGCGCGAAGACGGAGACGGCAGUGGAGGAGUUUUCCGCUGCGGAGGCGGAUGUGGAGGAGUCCAGCGUACACGCGGCCACCCGGCAACCACAGGAGCAGGAGGUCAAAGAUGAGGACAUCACCUGCUGCGCGUAUGUGUGCUACACCUUCUUGGCCUUCUUUGCCUACUGGUUCGGCGCCGCGCGCUUUGACCAGGACGGGGACGGCGACUUCGACGCCGCGGACGUGCAGGCCAUGAUCGACGGAGGGAGUAAGAAGCUGAUGCUCAACUUCACACGGCCGCCGCAGGACCAGAGGGCGAAGGCCCAGCGCCGCGAGCGGGCGCAGCGGCGGAGGGCGCAGCACGAGGCCGAGCGGCAGAGCAAGCGCCGCGAGUCUGCAAGGCUGCACGAGGAGCACCUCCGCGCGCACCGGGAGGCGGGCGGCGUCUCGGGGGCCGCCGGCCUCGCCGUGGAGCGCGCCAUGCACGGCGUCGUCGUGCACGCGUGGCCGGCCGGCGGCGUGCUGGAGGCCGACGUGGAGUCCGAGGCGCAGGAGGAGGAGAUCCUGGACAACCUCCGGCAGGCCGUGCCCUGCUUCUGCAUCGUCGAGGUCCUGCUGUGCCUCGUCCUCUGGGGCGCCACCGCGCCCCGGGCGAGGAGCUACGCGCCGCUGGCCUACGGCGUGGGCGUGGCGGACGGCGGCGUCCUGGCGACGCACGCGAAGGACGGCGGCACGACGCUGCUCUUGGCGGAGUGCGAGGCGGAGUGCGACGGCGCUGGCGCGGCGUGCUUGGGCAUCGCGUGGCUCCCAGGCCCGAGCCCCCAGUGCCGCCUGCUCGAGAGGCUGCCGGCGAGCGCGAGCUCGAGCGUGUUGUGCCCGCGCUCUGCGUGGGACUGGCGGGUCUACAAGAAGGACGCCUGGUCCCUCGGUGCGUCGUUGGGCCAGAUGGGAGGCGCGGAGAGCAUCUGGCCUGGGCGCACUAGCCUGAAGGCCCACCACAAUUGCGAGCACGGCUACGACAUCAGCUUCCUGUGGAGGUGGUGGAGCUAUCAGUUCACGCACGGUAGCAUCAGUCACAUGUUUGUCAAUUGUUUCAUGAUACUGGUGCUCGGCGUUCCCUUGGAGGGCUGGCAGGGUACAGGUAUGAUCGCCGUCAUGUGGACGCUGGGAUGCCUCGGCGGCGCCUGCUGCUGGGCACUUUUCGAUCCCUAUCGCGAGACAAUCGGCGCUUCUGGAGGAUGCUACUCCAUGCUCGGAAUGCACAUUGCUGACUUAGUCAUGAACUGGGGCGACAAGAAGUGGCGCUUUGGUACUUUGUUCACAUUGUCGUUGGUCUGCAGUGUGGAUCUUGCUUAUUUCUAUGCAACCUAUGAUCCUGAUGGAGGUGCAGCGUCCAACGUUGUGCAUGUCGGUGGCUUGAUCGCUGGGAUCUUGAUUGUCAUGACCUCUGGCCGCAACAUGCAUCGGAAGUGGUGGGAAACCGUUUUCAGCUGCAUCGCCUGGGUUCUGGGCAUUGGCCUCCUAGCAGGGACCUUGUUCUUCUGGUACGGCGCAAACAACCACCCCGCCAUCGCCAACCUGUGGGAUUCUUCACAGCGCCCUUGGUGUUGGAUCGGGGAGGUGUGCAUCGGUGACGACGGUGCCCACUGCCCACUGCUGGACACGCCCCCGACCUUCACGACGGGCGCCACGACCGCGCACGAGACGCGGAGGCAGUGCGUCUUCUGCACCACCAGGGCGUGCGUGGAGGGCUGGUACUCAAGCUACAUCGCCGACGACGGCACGGAGCAUUACAAGUAUUGCCCGACGGAGUCGGCGCAGAGCACCUGUGGCGACGAGUUUACCGACAGCUGGGACCUUUUCUAUCCUCCGACCAGGAGCAAGUAUCAGAGCUAAAGGACCUCACGUUGGGCUGGACCCAAGUGCCCGCAUCUGUCCCUGCGAGGUUGCCUGGCGUCCCCCUCUGGCCACGGCGUCGCCGAUUCCUUUGAGGCGCCGUACUUCGUCCCCGUCGGGGUUGCUGUGAAGGGGUGUGCGGUGUGCGGAGAGGGUGCUUCUCUCUGAGACCGGUCGCGUUUGCAGCGUGGUGCCACCACAUUCAGUCUGAUUGUGCCAUGGCUCGACAGCGGGGCUCUCGCAAGUGUGCUCUAAUGUCGAUUGCGCUUGGAGGCUCCCCAGCAGCGCUGUGGCCGCCAGGAGCUGCAGCUGCCUCCGCGCGGCUCCCAGCGGCGCCUCGUGGUCUUGUGAUACAGUCAACCCGCAUAGCAAGGAUGUAUGGAACCGAACUUUAUACACCGAUGCUUUUUUGCGGUCCCGCAUUGGGAUUCGCACAAGAAAACGGAUGAUGGUGUAUACGGCAUCCGGGUGUAUACAUGUUUUAUUGUUUCCAUGGGACAACGGGGAAACAAGUAUACACAACACCACCCCGACGUCGUCCCCGACCCGCAGAACUUCCUGGGAUUGAGCAACAGCCUGCCACUGGUAAUGUAUAUGCUCCAGUUUCCGAGGAUGGGCACUCUUCCCACGGGUAACCCUCCGCGCCGGGAACUCUGGGCUGUGGGCCCUGACAGAGCAUCACAAGAUUCAGCACAGAGAAGUUGACGGGACCUGAGGACACUCCACUUCGUCCCUCCAGGAACGGUCGCGGAUCUUACCUGCUGAGCUCUCCUGUGUCGUGUUUCGGCUGCAUAUCCUCCAGCGAGGUUUUCCAACGCGACGUUGCUCAUAGUUUCCUGUCCCGGUACUGCGCCCGAGCUCAUGUUGACGCGCGGCAGAAAGAGCUCUCCAGUAAGUCCGCAGUUGUCGGGCCCCCAAGGUUGCUGCUAACUGCUGCAUUUGAAUGAGUGGCCCGGGCCCUAGUGUCAAGGCGUUGUCCACAAGCGUCAGCCCUGUACACAGCCAGCGCAGAGAGCUUUUGACAGGGGCUGAUCUGGACAAGCAGUUGCUCUUCCCUAUGCCUGAGCACCGGAUGAAACACCAAGCGCAUUCUGUGACCCGUAUUUUCCGGUGGGCUUUGGGGCAAGGUUGUCCGUGGCGAACCGAUCGGCGCCACUUGCGAGCGACUCUUCGCCAGAGUGACCCCAUUGUGCGCGGCUUUCGGGGGUCACGGCCUCCGAAAGCCGUGUUGUCACGGUUCAUAGCACGAGGUUGUUUGUUGCUGGGCGGCCCCCGAAAAGCCGCGCAUCACAGAGCGACGCGCCUCCUCCAGCGCGUGGCCAGACUGAGAUCGACAGCGCCACCUGGCCUGACGCUUCAAUUCCGCUCGUGCGCACGGUGCUUGAGAUAUAGCUGGGUGGUUCACCAUUGCUUCUCCGAGCUCGCCAUCGUGCUGAUGUGCCCGCAGCAACAAAAAAUAGUAGACGGUAGCGUU